CGUGCACCGCAGCGCCCGGCCGGGUGAGGCUCGGCCGGAGGAGCCGGAGAGAGGGCCUCCAGCUUACACCGGGCGACGACAUGGACGUUCUGAAGUCGGAGAUCCUCCGGAAGCGGCAGCUGGUGGAGGACAGGAACCUGUUGGUGUCUUCUAUGAGACAUCCCUGAGAAAGGCAGCAGGAAUUGAUGGAGUACAUUUGGAAGGGAUUGGCUUUAACUAGGAGGAUGGUUUCCCCUUCCAUUCUGAAAUGAUGAAGGGAUUGGUACAGAUCCAGGAAAAUAAAAAAUAUUUCAAGCGUAGUGAACUUGCAAAAAAAGAAGAGGAAGCAUAUUACGAAAGAUGUGGCUACAAGCCUAUAAAUGAGAAGCCAUCUGGAGAGAUACAGCCAAAAGAGGAUGACCAGCAACCAUUAACUUCAUCGAAUCCAGUAUUAGAACUUGAACUGGCAGAGGAAAAAUUACCAAUGACCCUUUCUAGGCAAGAGGUUAUCAGAAGAUUGAGAGAAAGAGGAGAACCAAUCAGACUAUUUGGAGAAACUGAUUAUGAUGCUUUCCAGCGUUUAAGAAAAAUAGAGAUCCUGACACCAGAAGUUAAUAAGGGAUUGAGGAAUGAUCUGAAAGCAGCUUUGGAUAAGAUUGAUCAGCAAUACCUCAAUGAACUUGUGGGUGGUCAAGAGCCUGGAGAGGAAGACACACAGAAUGACUUGAAAGUUCAUGAAGAAAACACCACAAUUGAAGAGUUAGAGGCAUUGGGAGAAUCUUUAGGAAAAGGUGAUGAUCAUAAAGACAUGGACAUCAUUACCAAAUUCCUUAAGUUUCUUCUUGGUGUUUGGGCUAAAGAAUUGAAUGCCAGAGAAGAUUAUGUGAAGCGCAGUGUGCAGGGUAAACUGAACAGUGCUACUCAGAAACAGACCGAGUCCUAUCUCAGACCCCUUUUCAGAAAGCUACGGAAAAGGAAUCUUCCUGCUGAUAUUAAAGAAUCCAUAACAGAUAUUAUUAAAUUCAUGUUACAGAGAGAAUAUGUGAAGGCUAAUGAUGCUUAUCUUCAGAUGGCCAUUGGAAAUGCCCCUUGGCCCAUUGGUGUCACUAUGGUUGGUAUCCAUGCCAGAACGGGUAGGGAGAAGAUUUUCUCCAAGCAUGUUGCACAUGUUUUAAAUGAUGAAACACAGCGGAAAUAUAUUCAGGGAUUGAAGAGGUUAAUGACGAUUUGCCAGAAGCACUUUCCUACAGAUCCAUCAAAAUGUGUGGAGUAUAAUGCACUGUGAGAUCUGUGUAUAACGAGAAGAUAACAAUAAGAAACUUAAGGGAGCAUGAUAUGGACUUCUGCAGUUACCAACAGGAAUGAAGGAAGAAGAAAACGAGUUUCUAGACUCUGGUUUCUACCGAGUCUUGGCUCUCAUAUCACAUCUGACUGCAUACUGAUUUGUGUCUUGCUUUUAUUUUAAAUAGUUGAAAAGCUAAGUUCUAAUAGACUCUUCCCCAUAAUUUAAAUGUGUAAACAGUGGUCAUAGAAGGAGGUUUAAAAUGACUCUUUCCCUCUAGACCUGAAAGUUGCAGUUAGAUUAUUAAAAAGAAACAUUUGAGGAUGAACUUAAAUGUUUCUGAAAAAUGUGAAUUUUACAUUGUCUUUUAUGUCAUAUUUUUAGAAAAUAUUUUUAUAUAUUUCAACAAAAAUAUGGAACCAUUUAAUGAAACUUAUAGUCCUUAAAUGUUUCUGAACUUAUGCCAUCUUGCAAUAGAACUUGAAUGUAAAUGUUAUGACUGUUUACUCAAAUGUUAUUUUUCUUGCAUUUCAAAGCUUGCUUUUAUCUUCUAAUGAAUGUAAAGUUCAUAUUUGUCAUCUCUUGGGACAGAUAGAAUUAACAGGAAAUAGAAAUUUGAAAAUCAAAGAUAUAUUAUACCCACAGAAGUUCAAACUAAACCACAGUGCAUAGAGGUCAAGGUGGGAAAAUGGACUGUCAAGCCAGCCAAGAAUGGGGACAUUUUGAUGCUUCUGGUUCUUCUUAGAAUAGGACUCCCUGUAAGUUUCAUCCUCAUGAGACCUGGGGUAGACUGCCAUUCCUAGCUCCAUUCCUCUCAGCAGCAGAGAAGGUGCCAUUAUUCUCCUUACUGCCUGAGACAGUAGGUCCUGGGACUGAUUUCAACAAAUGAGAACUUCUGAAUCUUGUAGUGUCAUACCCAGAUAAUUGUGAUGAACCACUGUGCCGGGGGAGUUGAGAGGGCUCAGCUAAUAGAGGAAAGCUGGUUAUAAAAUGUUAGCAGACCAGGUGGAGAGGCGGUACCAGAUAGUGGUUAAGAGUGGGGCUCUGUCCGAACUCAGAACUUCUAGCUUCAAGUUUUAGCUCUCCACCUGACUGAAUGACUGUGAGUAACAAUCUUUCUGAGUCUCAGUUUCCUUAUCAGUAAGUAGUAGUUAGUAAUAGUAGCCCAUGCCUCCUGGCAUCAUGGUUGUGUUAUGAGUAAAAAAAAAGAA